AUGGGCAGCCUGUCCCUCUCCCCGCUGCUCCAGGCAACAAAGGCGCGCAUCACCGCGCUGCACCAGCAUGAAACGACCCUGUAUGCCGGGUGCGCGGACGGAACGCUGCGCGUGUACGACUUGGGCGCCGCCGAGCCGGUCCUGAGCGGCACGCACACGCUCGGAAAGAAGGCCAUAGAGCAGAUCGCCGUGCUCUCCGAAGCGGGCCAGCUCGCCGUCCUCAUCGACACAGUCGUCACCCUCAUCAAGCUCGACAAGCUCGACAACCCAACAGCAAAGGGCAACUCUACGGUCCUCACGGGCGCGCGGUACGCGCACGCCUUCGCAGCCACGACGUACUUUGAGGCGCGGGACGGCGCCAAGGCCGCCCGCGACAUCCUCGUCGUCGGGUGCUGGAAGAAGGUCGUCGUCUACGGCGCCGGCAAGAACCUCGGCGAGCUAUGGGAACUCUCCCUACCCCACUCGCCGCGCCGAGUCAUCUUCCCCGCACCAGUGUACGCCGACAUCCCCGGCGCCGUGCACCUGCUAUACACGCCGUCGUCGUCCGUGAUCCUCAGCAUCCGCGCUGGCGUGCCCCCUGCCGAGCGGUUGACGGUCACCGAGCUCCCGUCGACAGGAUAUCCGCCAGUAGCGGGCAAGACGGCCGCCCCGUCGCUCCCCGCCUCGACAUCGAGCUACGGCUUAUCUGGCCUCGGCGGCCUGCUUGGCAAGAGCGCGCCGGUGCCAGUCGGCACGCGGACUGUCGGUGGAGAGGUGUUACUCAUCCGCGAUGACGCCGGCGUUUUCUUCUCGUCAGAAGGCAACUUUACCCGCGAGCAGUCUCUACACUGGCCCGCGACCCCCGACGGCAUUGCUUUCGCAAACCCAUACAUCUACUCCGUGGUUCCUCCGGUGUCCGUCAACGCGCACUCCGUCCCCCUUCCUUCGAUCCACGUACACCUCGCGCCGACCUUGGCUCACCGACAGACACUAACCUUCCCCUCGCCCUCGGCCGGGGUGUUAAACAUCACCUGCCCGACGGUAGGGUUGUCGACGGCCACAGGCGAGGGCAAGCCCCUGCCAAGGUUGCUUCUCGUGUCGACGCCGACUGACCGCGCCCUUCUGGCAGCGGAGGGAAGUACCAUCUGGCAGCUGCCUGCACCAAAUAUCGGCGAGCAGGUCGACGAUCUCGUCCGUGAUGGACGUGUGGUAGAUGCCAUUGGCCUCGUUGAGGCGGUCGGCGACGCCGGCCUGGAACCAUCACAACGCCUGCCCCACCUCCGCAUCCUCCAAGGCUUAAUCCAGUUCGCCCACGGCGACUACAAGUCGGCGAUGGAGGCGUUCGUGGUGCACAACGUCCACCCGGCCAAGGUCGUCGCCCUGUUCCCCAAGGACACGAUCUCGGGCAACCUCGCUGUCCCACGCAAGCAGUGGAUGUCACUAUUCGGUGCUGUCGACGGCGCGAGAAUAGACCCGCCACCAGCCACGAGCGAAGAGCCGGCAAAGCCGGCCUUCAAGCCACACCUAUCGCUGUUACGCAAGGGCAGCAAUGAGACGCUGCGCUCGGUCGCCAGUGGAGUGAAGGAGGAAGCGGCUCCGACGAGCCCAACAUUGAAGGAAGAGACGAGCUCCAGCGAAGUCACAUUACCACGCAAGGCCAUCGAUGAGCUGAUCUACUACCUCUCCGAUAGACGACAGAAGCUGGCCGGUGCUAUCCCAGCCCUGGGCCAGCCACUGCCUUCCGAGGGCGACCUCACGCCGCUGUCAUCGCUCCAUGCAGCCGAGGUGCACUCGCUGCCCAAUGGCCCGCUGACGGACCUCUCACCCAUCGACCUCCUUCGCACAGCACAGGUCGUCUACACAUCCCUGCUCAAGGUGUACCUCGUCGCGCGGCCCAGCCUCGUCGGCAGUCUGUGUCGCAUCGAGAACUGGUGUGAUGUGGCAGAAGUGGAGCCGUUACUGCGCCAGAAGAUGCGCUUUGACGACCUGCGCGAUCUUUACAUGCAGAAGCAGAUGCAUGACAAGGCGAUUGCAAUGCUUUCGGAGCAGGCAAAGGACGAGGACGACCCACUGGACAGAUAUCCUCCCACAAUUCGCUACCUCCAGAAGCUCGGUCCGAAGCAUCUCCAGCUGAUCUUCGACUCCUCCAAGUGGAUCUUCAAGGAGGACCCAAAGCGAGCUCUGCAGAUCUUCACUGCCGACGAGCCCGAGGUGGACGCGCUCCCCCGCACCGACAUCGUCGCUUUCCUUGAGAAGGAGAAUGCCGAGUCGGCAGUCACAUACCUCGAGCACCUUGUUGAGCUGGGAGACACCAACCCAGACUUCCACGACAAGCUCGCCGAGCUGUACCUGUCCCGAGCGCGGCAGGUGGACGACCACGAGAAGAAGUACCACCACUUCCUCGACUUCCUCAACUCGUCGUCGCACUACCGCGCGUACCGUCUCCUCAGCAAGCUCAAGCCAGAGGAAAUGCCCGAGGCCCGGGCAAUCUUACUUGGCCGCAUGGGCAACCACGACGAGGCUCUCCAGAUCUACGCGUACAAGCUGAAGGACUACGCUGCAGCGGAAGCCUACUGUGCUCGCGUCUACGCCAAGAAGCCCGACCCACGAGGCAUCUUCCUGCACCUCCUCAAGCUGUACCUCCGCCCCAAGCCACCUCAGGACGUGCUCAUUCAGCCGGCCCUCUCCCUCGUAGGGAGACACGGCACGCGUAUUGACGCGCGCGAGGUGCUCGACCUCCUCCCACCGCUGGUCCCCGUGAAGGACUUGCACGACUUCUUCCUCCGCACACUGGGCGAGAGCCGCACCCGGCGGAACGAACACCGCAUCAUGCGCGGCCUGCUCCAGGCGCGCAAGCAGCAGGUUGAGCGCCUGGUCGUGGGCCUCGAGGUCAAGCGCGUCCGGGUCACUGACCAGCGGACGUGCCCGCAGUGUCAGAAGCGUCUCGGGCAGUCUGCGAUUGCGGUUCAUGCGCCUCGCGGCGAAGUCACCCACCUCCACUGCAAGGAUCAGUUCAGCGCCAAGCUGGCGAAGCUGCGCGAGUAGUCCUCCCCCCCCCCUUCCUCCCCUUUAGCCCCAGCCAUAAUCCAUACCCAGCACUGUAUACCUCUAUGCAUGGU